UGUCGCUGCCGUGACGCUGCGGGCAGGGGGCGGAGCUUGGUUUGAAUUCGAGGCGGGCGGCGGGGCCGUUGUGGCGGCGGCUGAGGGACGAUGGCGGCGGAGGCGGUGAUGGUGGCGGCGGCCGAGCGGAUGAUGAUGGCGGCGGCGGCGGGCACGGCGCUGCUGCCCACCAUGUGCAACCAGCGGCUGGCCGAGCUCCUGCGGCAGGUGGACGACGUGGACCUGGUGUGGCUGGCGGAGAUCCGCGAGGAGGCCGAGAGGAUGUUCCAAAGCCACUACAGCGACAAGCCCGAGCUGAUGCCCAAGACGCCGUCGCAGAAGAGCCGGCAGCGGAGGAAGCGCCUGACGGCCCUGCAGGAGAACCAGGAGCCGAGCAGGAAGAGAUUGUCCAGACGGAAGAACAGCAGUCUCAAACUGGUGUCCUCCACACGAUAUUCCCAACGGAUCCAAAAUAAAGAAAACCUGGAACUUGUCAUGGCUGAGGCCAAAGACGCCUCCCCUCCUCGACGUGUGACAAGAUCCCAGGUGGCACAGGCUAAAAGCUCCCAAGUCCUUCCCGAGACCCCUCCCGUCCGGCACGCACGCAGGAAGGCUCCCUCAGUGAAAGCUGAUGCCAGCGAUCCCAUCAGUGCUGUGACACCGCUCCGGGAGAGAGCUCCCAAAGCAGCAGAGCAGCUCUCCUCACCCAUCGUCCUGAGCUCUCAGGAUGGUUCUCCCAAGGAAAGCAGUGCAGCCAAAUCCCCCCCUGAGCCUGUGCCUGUAGCCUUCGAGCAGCUGCUCCCUUGUACCCCCGAAGCAAGCGGUGUGGGAGCAAGCGGGGCUGCCCCCGAGCCGAGGGCAGCGGAGGCGGCCGAUGCUGCGGUCACUGUCAGUGAGCAGACCCGGCUGGAGGAGGCCGAGGACUCUGCUGGGGCCCAGCGGGGCCCUGAGAAGGCCUCCCCCCGGCACGUGAGGGACCCCCCCAGCACCCCGACGGGCUCCAGGCUGAGCCGUCACUCCGUGCGCAGGAGCCUCAUGGGCAAAGCCUCCCUGAUCCGCAGAACCUCCCUGGCAGAGAAGUACUCCCUGGCCAGCAGGAGGGAGAGCGUGCGCAGGAGCUCGGCCAUCAAGAGGAAGGCGGCUCGGGCGUCGUCCGUGAUCUCCAGCUCCAUCGAUGUCUCCAGCUCUGGAGAGAUACCAGAGGAAGAGGAAACGGUUCUCAAACCUGGGCCUUCUCCUGGACCAUGCACCCCCUCCAAGCCGGAUCAACAGAGUCUCCAGAUGUCGCUGUGCUCUCACUCCGGCAACAGGAGCAAGAGGCUGCAGGAGGGCACGAGCAGUAACGAAAGCAACUUAAAUAAGAGUGGGGAGGCCCAGCAACCGCCCCAGAGCGCCAGGAGAAAGCCAAGCUACAAGAGAGCUGUGGAUGAGCGCUACGACCAGCAGCAAGCAGAAGAGGGAGGGCUUUCUCCUCUGAGAAGGAAGUCCCCGUCCCCAACCUUCCCAGCCAGCAAAGUUGUGCGGCCGUUCAAGACGUUCCUGCACACUGUGCAGAAGAACCAGCUGCUCAUGACACCGUGCUCUGUGGGGAGGAAUGGGGUCAUCAAGUCCUUCAUCAAGCACAACACCCCUCUGCGCGCCGAUCCCAAGGAAAAGGAGAGGCAGAAGCUGGAGACUCUGAGGAAGAAGCAGCAGGCUGAGCAGCUGAGGAAACAGAAGCUGGAGGAGGAAAAGAAACGGCGACUGGAAGAGGCCAAGCUGAAGCGCGAGGAGCGCCUGCGGAAGGUGCUGCAGGCCCGGGAGCGGGCAGAGCAGAUGGAGGAGGAGAGGAAGAGGCGGAUUGAGCAGAAGAUAGCUCUGUUUGAUGAGAAGACAGAGAAGGUGCGGGAGGAAAGGCUGGCAGAGGAGAAGAUCAAAAAGAAAGCAGCUGCCAGGAAGAUGGAGGAGGCAGAGGCCCGGCGAAGGCAGGAGGAGGAGGCCAGGAGACAGCGAGCCCUGCAGCAGGAGGAGGAGGAACGUCGGCACAAAGAGCUAAUGCAGAAGAGGAAGGAAGAGGAGCAGGAACGUGCCAGGAAGAUUGCUGAGCAGAGACAGGCAGAACAGGAGAGGGAAAAGCAGUUGGCUGCAGAGAGAGAGCUGGAGAGGAAGAAGGAACAGGAGAGGAUCCAGGCAGAAAAGCUCCGGGAGCAGGAGAAGGCUGCCCGCCUGAAGAAGGAGGUGCUGGCUGCUAAACUGAGACUCCAGAAGGAGCUGGAGAAGAAAGAACAGGAAGAGCAGAGGCUGGCGGAGAUGAAGAGGCAGGAGCAAGAACAGAAGAAGCUGGCAGAGAAGCAGCAGUCUGGCAAGGCAGCCCUAACACAGCAGCAGGAGGGAAGGGAAAACUCGCCUGCCUGCGCCUCCUACCAGAUGACUCCACAGGGCCCCAAGUGUCCAAAGCCGCCCGUGGUGGCCUCGACCAGCUAUGGGAUGGAUGUGAACAGUGAUGACUCCACUGAUGACGAAAGCCAGCCUCGCAAGCCCAUCCCUGCCUGGGCCUCAAGGAGCCAGCUGAACCAGGCCGUGCUGCAGCUCUACUACAACCCGCCCAGCGUGGACGCCGUGUUCGGGACGAUGCCGAGCCUGCAGCUCCAGGACAUCUUCUACAAGAGCAAACCCCGGUACCUGCGGCGCACGAGCUCCGCCGUCUGGAACUCCCCCCCCUUCCCGCGGGCCAAGCCUGUGCUGGGGCUGCCCUACAGCGUCAAGAAGUACUGAGGGGCCCAGGUAUGUGCUGCCGGCUCGGAGGGGAGCAGGCUUCCUCGUCAGUCUGUAAAUCUUUAGGUGUUAGCGUUGAAUAAAUGUCAGCUCUUA